UCAAAUGAUGCCACCUAAAGACGGAGGGAUUACAUAGUAUAUGGUAUCAUCUUACAAUAACGUCAUAAACUUGUGUCUUCUUGUUUUUCUUCACAUUAUUUUUCCUUCUUACUUUUUUCUUUUUUCCUCGUACACAAGACAAUGGUGAAUGCUCAAGUUUCUCUUGCUUUCUUUUCCUUACGUUUCAUCUUUCUAAUUUCAGGGGCUUUAUCAACGACGUUUACGCUAGUAAAUCAGUGCAAUUAUAAAGUAUGGCCAGGAAUUUUAUCAGGUGCAGGCACUGCACAGCUUGCUUCAACAGGAUUCCUGCUAAAUCCUGGCCAGUCUGUUUCCAUUCCCUUUCCUACGGGAUGGUCAGGUCGUUUAUGGGGUCGGACUUUCUGUUCCCAAGAUUCAUCCACGGGCAAAUUCACUUGUGCAACAGGCGAUUGUAGCUCCGGAACACUGGAGUGUUCUGGAGCUGGAGCUGCUCCACCAGUUACUCUGGCGGAGUUUACAUUGAAUGGUGUUGGAGGGCUAGAUUUCUAUGAUGUUAGCCUUGUGGAUGGUUAUAACUUGCCUAUGCUUGUUAGUCCACAAGGCGGGACAAGAGUUGGAGGAGUUGGAAACUGUUCAACGACUGGUUGUGUUGGUGAUCUCAACGAGGCGUGCCCCAAGGAGCUGAAGAAGAUGAUGGAUAGUCGUAGUAGUAGUAACAGUGAAUGUGUGGGAUGUAAGAGCGCUUGUGAAGCGUUUGGUGAUCCGAGAUAUUGUUGUAUUGGAUCAUACGCGACGCCUGAUACGUGUAAGCCAACGGAUUACUCGGAGUUCUUCAAGAAUGCAUGUCCAAAAUCUUAUAGCUAUGCUUAUGAUGAUGGCACCAGUACCUUCACUUGUAGUUCUGCAGAUUAUGUUAUUACCUUUUGUCCUGCUUCUGAUGAUAGCCCAAAAUCAUCUGGAGGAUCAGACACAGGUGUUGAUGGAGGCUUAUUGAGAAAGAGCCGCGGUGGUUUAACUAAUAUGCCAUUACCAUUCUUAACAAGCUUGAUAAUCACUGUUUUAACAGCAGUUUGACAUUCUUAACAAGCUUGAUAAUCACUAUUUUAGCAGCAUUUUGACAUUCUUAUCAAGCUUGAUAAUCACUAUUUUAGCAGCAUUUUGACAUUUUUAACAAGCUUUGGUAAUAUCAUUAUUUUAGCAGCAUUUUUGACAUUUUGAAGGCAGUUGCCAUUCUUGGAAUUUUGAGUACGUUGUGAAAGUGCAAUCCAUUAAUUGUACAUACAUAGUCAUUUUAAGAUUUAAGUUAUAUACAUUGACAAUGUAAAGAACUUUUACAUUAUCAACAUAUUUUUACAUGUUCUUAUUUU